AGCAGGCCAUGAGUCCAUGAACAUCUAUCUUGGGCUAGUUUCGGUAACUGGGCUCAUCUAUAUAGUCACGGCCCAAAUUUGUUUCUCAGAACAAAACUUGGGGAGAAGUUGAAGCUUCUUUCACAUCGAGAAAACAACCAAAUCGAUCGAGAUCAGCUUCUACUGUUUUUGGAUUGGAUUGCCUGAAGAAAGUGUUUGAAUCUGUGAAAGUCGUAAUGGGUUUCGCGGUGACAACUCUGAUAUUUGCAAUGGUGGGAGUGAUUGCUUCGCUUAUGGUCAGAAUCUGCUGCAGCAGAGGCGCUUCUGCUAAUUUGCUUCACCUAACAUUAGUUAUUACUGCAGUAGUGUGCUGCUGGAUGAUGUGGGCAAUUGUAUACGUUGCACAGAUGAAACCACUUAUUGUUCCAAUCCUAAGUGAAGGAGAGUAAGGUGGAAUAUAUGAGGAUGCUUUCAGACUUCCCAUUCGGGAUUUCUAUGUAUAAUUUUGGAAGAGAGUUGGAUUCUAAGUGGCCUAAGGAUGUUGUAUUGAUGUAUUUGUUUCAUCCUUGGAACAAGUUGACAGACCAUUCUGUGUACCUCACUCAUUAUGAAUGUGAAAUAAAGGUUCAAAUUCUCCUGUA